CAGCCAAAAGAUGCUAUUGCCAAUUUUCAGUACUACAGCAAGGAACAGCUGCCUCCUCAUGUGGGAGAAGUGAUCCAAAGUGUGAGUCCCUUUGAUCUUAUGUUAAUCAUGAUGUGUCAUGCAACUAUUAUCACUCACCAUUACCAAACCAGGAGUGUACAGGGAGGUCGACUGCCAGAAGAAGCCAGCCAGGGUUUUAACAGAGGCAAUGUAGCUGUCCUGCCACAAGACCCUGGCACACUGCACAAUAUUCUCCCUCUGAGCUUGGAUGAUAUAAAUGUGUCAGUCUGUGUUGUCUUUACAGGGGGUGCUUUUAGACCAUCUGUAGAAGCCUUGUGCACCUUCAUGCCUGUACUUGUUAUGAAGUCAAGGGUGAAAUGUCUUAUUGAAUGGUUAUCUAACAACAAUGAAUGGUAUAGUGCAAACAGCAUACAUCUUAGUGAUGAAAACCUCAACUCACUUGUGGAAGGGGAUAAUGACAGCAGUGUUCUUCAUGGCAUUCAGAUUGCACAUGUU